UCCUCGGAAGGAAGAAGAAACUGCAGCAGCACGCAGAUAAGAAGAACAGUUUACAAAAGAAGAGGACUUGCUUCAUGAUAUUUUACCUUCUUUUUUCCACCCUCCACCUUUAAUGCUCCUCUUGUAAGCCUUUUCACGCCAGCGGCGCGCAACUCUUUCCCGGCGGACAGGACCGUUUCAUGCCCGGAGGGAGAGCGACCUCCCGCUUGGACCCAAUACCGGCCUCCCACACUCCUCUGACGGGCUCAGAAGCAGCAGUUCCCGGCUUUUGCUGGGAUGUUUGAGUCGCGUUGUGUGGUGGGGUGAAGGGACCGAGAGAGUGGCCGGAGAGACCGAAGGGACGGGGGCCGAGCGAGGAGCCGGGAGCAUGGCUCUGGCAGCGCUGUCUCUCUGGGUGCUAACGAGUCUCACCUGGGCGGACGUGCUCCAGGUGUCAGCCAACAGGCACUCCGUGUACUGGAACAGCUCCAACAUACAUCUGCGCAGGGAGGGCUACACGAUGCAGGUGAACGUCAACGACUACCUGGACAUCUACUGCCCUCAUUACAACGACAGCCAGCGCAUGGUGGGCACCGGUGAGCAGUACGUCCUCUACAUGGUCAGCUACCGCGGUUACAGGAACUGCGACCCCCAGCUGGGCUUCAAAAGGUGGGAGUGCAACCGGCCCCACGCCCCCCACGCACCCAUCAAGUUCUCGGAGAAGUUCCAGCGCUACAGCGCCUUCUCGCUAGGCUACGAGUUCCACGUCGGACAGGAGUACUACUACAUCUCCACACCCACCCAUCACCACGGCCGCAGCUGUCUGAGACUACGAGUGUACGUCUGCUGCUCCACGGCCUCUGACGUGGACGAUGAGCCAGAGCCUACAGAACCAGACUACAGACCAGGCCUAAAACUUGACGAUAUCGAUGAAUUUAACCCGUUUGUUCCCAAGCUGGAGAAGAGCGUCAGCGGAAGCAGCCCAUCCAGGGAUCGCCUUCUCCUCACCAUGACGAUGCUCCUUCUGGCCGCUCUCUUCAUCUCCUAGCAACGGCCAUCCCAUCAGCGUCACCAU